GUGAAAUAAUAUUGACAAUAUCAAUACUACCACGAGAAUUCAUUGAAGAAAAAGAGAACUCAACUUACAAUCGCGUGGUUAAAAAAGCAACGUUGUUAAUUGAAUUAAGUGAUACCGGUAUUGGCAUAAAUCCAGAAUAUUUACAACAUGCUUGGGAAAGCUUUUCACAAGGUGACAUGUCAAUAACUAAGAAGCAAGACGGUACAGGACUUGGUCUCUCAAUUUGUAAAAGUCUAAUCGAAAUUAAUGGAGGUGAAAUUAAAGUAGAAAGUCAAUUAGAAAAAGGAAGCAAAUUUUCGUUUACUUGGAAUGUUGAACUAUUACCAAUGACAUCUUUACCAAUAGAAAUUCAAUUUAAUGAACAAUUAAGCUAUGUAUUACCUCUCGCUAUAAGAAAAAAACGAAUAUUAAUAAUUCACUCAGUUGAAAAUGUGAGAAACUCUAUAUUGAGAUAUCUUAGAAGAGUAGAAACAGCUGAUGCAUUUGAUACCUUUGAGAAAGGUAUUGAAGCAGUAAAAACAUAUAAAGAAUUAUAUGAUCGAUUUACUUAUGAUAUAGUCUUUAUCAGCCUUUAUGAGAACAACAAAGAAGAAGUCAUAAAUUUUAUAUUAAAAUUAAAAGAAUUGUUAGUUAAUAGUAAUAAUUUAGCAAUAACAUUUAUAGUAUUUCCAAGUUAUGAAAGAAUUAUGCUAGCAAAAGAAUUAAUGGAAAAAGGUUUAGGAACUUCUGUAAUUUAUACUCCAAUUACAUGGAAUAAGUUAAUUAAUCAAUUAUGCAUAUAG